AAUAUGGGAAAUAAAGAUACCGCCAUAUUUGUUAGUCACAUUGCUAAAUAGACAUUAAUACACAAAAUCACUUUCACCAAGUGUUUACUCUACGAAUGGGCAGUUGAUACCUUGGUAAAGGAGGGCUAUCAGCAUGGCCCAGGUCAGCAGUGGGCAGAAUCCCUACCCUGGGGUCACCUCCCCAAUUAGCCUGGCUGAACCAAAAGCUUUUGACCUAGAGCUUUCUUCAAAGUUGGAGGAAACUCUUCGUCCUUUUGGGGUCUUUGAGAGCGAGGAGGAGCUGGCUCAUCGCAUGGAAGUUCUACUGAAAAUCAAUAACUUGGUUCGAGAAUGGAUCAAAGAUGUCAGUAGGCAAAAGAAUAAUAUUCCGGAAAACAAAAUUGACACUUUUGGCGGUAAAGUGUUUACAUUUGGAUCUUACAGAUUAGGGGUUCACACAAAAGGUGCUGAUAUAGACACACUGUGUGUGGCCCCCAGACAUGUGGAGAGAUCAGACUUCUUUGCCUCGUUCUUUGAGCUGGUCAAACAGCAGGUUGAGGUCAAAGAUCUAAGGGCUGUAGAGGAAGCAUUUGUACCAGUAAUCAAAAUGACGUUCGAUGGGAUUGAGUUGGACAUGCUGUUUGCCCGCCUCGCCCUCCCAACAAUUCCAGAGGACAUUGAUCUUAGGGAAGAGAACUUAUUAAAGAAUCUGGACGAGAAGAGUGUUCGUAGUCUCAAUGGUUGCAGAGUCACUGAUGAGAUCCUGUAUCUCGUGUCAAACAAGGAAAACUUCAGAAUGACACUUCGUGCAAUUAAACUUUGGGCAAAAAAGAAGGGUAUCUACUCCAACGUCCUAGGUUACCUGGGCGGAGUGUCGUGGGCCAUGCUGGUAGCCCGCGUGUGUCAACUCUAUCCCAAGGCAGCACCCGCUACUCUUGUACAUAAGUUUUUCCUUGUGUUCUCCAAAUGGGACUGGCCAAAUCCUGUACUUCUGAAGCCUCUUGAUACUGAAAACAAACUGGGCUUUCCAAUUUGGGAUCCUCGAGUGAACCCCUCUGACCGGUUUCAUCUGUUUCCCAUCAUCACCCCAGCCUAUCCCCAGCAGAAUUCCACCUACAAUGUGACCAACUCCACACGAGCCAUCAUGAAUGAUGAGUUCCAUGAGGGUCUGGCAAUUGUCACAAAGAUCUAUGAAGGAAAGGCAGACUGGUCAGAACUGUUCACUCCCUCAAACUUCUUCCAGAAAUACAAACACUACAUUGUGCUGGUUGCAAGGGCAGAGGAAGAGGAACACUAUCUAGAAUGGCAUGGCUAUGUGGAGUCAAAGAUCCGUUUGCUUGUCGGGAACCUGGAAAGAAACCCAUUCAUCAAGCUUGCUCAUAUCAUGCCAGAGUCAUUUGGUCCACUCAAUGAAACAGAAGGAAAGUUCAUGUGCAAGUGGUUCAUCGGUCUUGUAUUCAACAACACUCCAUCAGCCAAUAUUGACCUCACAUUCGAUAUACAGUCUUUCUCUGAUGUUGUUCACAAGCAAGCCAUCCAUCUAAAGUUGUUUAAGGAUGACAUGAAGCUUGAGGUCACAUAUGUGAAAAGGAAACAGCUUGAGCAGUAUGUUGCCAAGGAGAUAAUAGAAAGAGCAGGCAAGAUUGCGCGGAAGGAUAAAAAGGACCCAACAAGAGGUAGCAGCACAAGCAACCUUAGACGGUCCAGCUCUGAGAAGGCAGGUGGUUUAGCCACCAGCAAGUCUGACACGGAUCUCCUAAAGCAGGCAUCUGUAACGACAGAUGAUGACACAUCCCAGGAGUCACAAACACCAUCAUCAUUAACACCGCAAAAAUCUGAGGGGGAGAAUAUGCUGUGUGAAACCACACCUGCCACACCAAAGGUUGAUGGGGAGAAGGAUGGUGUCCCCACAGCUGAUGGUGAGGACCUGGAGGCUGGAGGAGAAGGCCGGGCCAAGAGACCAGCCUCCCCGAUCGAACAGACCACACAGAAGAGAAGUAAAAAUGAGGAAGAUGAGAGAAAAGAAGCACCUAUGCAGGUUGAUGACAAAGUUACCACAGACAAAGUAGCAAGUGUAAAUAAGCAUGUGAAUAGACUGCCCAGCAACGAUCUGCCCGACAUCACCAGCCCACAGCCCAUGUCUCAAGGUGUACCGUUCCAGCUCAUAAAAAAUUCCAUAAAGUUAAAACUAAAAUGAACAUAGGUAUAUCAUUGUAUCAGUGUAUAGUGCUAACAGUCAUGCAAAGCGGAACAGAAGACACCAGACUGUUUACCAGAGAAGCCAACAAGGCUUGACAAUACAGGUUAGAAAGGGAGACAACUCUCAACAGCAUGUGUAACCCAGAUAAGGAGAUGCUGAUAAGGUGUAUGAUCUUGUAGUGAUGAAUGUUUGUGUCUGCUGGUGUAUGCUGAAAGUGUUGGUAGCCAGAGUUGAGGUGUUGUGACAUGUACGAGUGUCUUGGGUUGGUGAAGCAAUAAUAUCCAUCUGUUUCUGGAUUUCAGAAGAUUUUAAGUAAGCUUGUGAUGAUUUUAUAUUAGGAAGUAUAUUUUCAUGUGAGUUUAACAGGUUACAUAUAGUAAGAAAUUAGAAUGAUGUUGAGUUUGCUUUUAAAUUUUCUGAAAUUCAAAACUUGCUUUUAUGUUUUCUAAGUGUUGUACAAUUCUGUGGGAAAAGGGUGGAUAUAUUUGUGUUUUCAUUUACAUAGAUAUUCAACAUG